AUGCAGGUGGACCAGGGUGCAGAGCCUUCUGCUGUGAAGAAGCCGCGGACGACAUCUCCUGGACCGGUUGUGCUGGAUGACUUUGAGACGGAGGCGAAGCGUGAGGUCGCACCAAGCGCGGGGCUUACUGGUGGACCCGCGGAGACAGCACCAGUGCAACUGGGUCAUAUGGUUCGACACAAAGUGGCCGUUCCCCAAGGCUACAACUACAUCCCCAUCUCUCAGCAUGUUCCCCCCGCAAAGCCAGAUCGCGAAUACAAGUUCGAGCUCGACCCCUUCCAGCGCGUCUCCGUAUAUGCCAUCCAGCGAAACGAGAGUGUUCUCGUCUCUGCCCACACCAGUGCAGGCAAGACGGUGGUGGCCGAAUACGCGAUCGCCCAAUGCCUCAAUAGAAAGCAGCGAGUUAUCUACACUAGCCCGAUCAAGGCGUUAAGUAACCAAAAGUACCGCGAGAUGUCCUCCGAAUUUGGCGACGUUGGCUUGAUGACGGGAGACACGACCAUAAAUCCUUCAGCAACAUGUUUGGUCAUGACAACAGAGAUUCUGCGCUCGAUGCUCUACCGCGGCUCUGAAAUCAUGCGCGAAGUUGCAUGGGUCAUCUUUGACGAAAUUCACUACAUGCGCGACAAGGAGCGUGGUGUCGUCUGGGAGGAGACCAUCAUUCUGCUCCCUCACAGCGUUCGCUACGUCUUCCUGUCUGCCACCAUCCCGAAUGCGAUGGAGUUCGCCGAGUGGAUCACCCAGUCUCACGAGCAGCCCUGUCACGUUGUGUACACCGACUUCCGGCCUACGCCUCUGCAGCACUAUCUCUUCCCCGCGGGUGGCGAGGGUAUAUACCUUGUCGUCAACGAGAAGAGCGAGUUCCGGGAGGACAACUUUGCUAAAGCAAUGGGCAAGUUGCAAGACGGCACCGGCGAUGACCCUUCGGAUCCUUUCGCUGGCAAAGGCAAAGGAAAGAAACUCAAGAAGGGCGGAGACAAGAAAGGCCCCUCCGACAUUGCCAAGAUCAUCAAGGUCAUCAUGAACAAGAAUUACAACCCGGUCAUCGUCUUCUCCUUCGCGAAGCGCGACUGCGAGUCCAACGCCAUGAGCAUGUCAAAGAUGGAGUACAACAAUGCCGACGAGCAGGCAACAGUCACCGAGAUUUUCGAAAACGCCACCGCUAGCAUCUCCCCCUCCGACCGUCAACUCCCCCAGAUUACUAACUUACUCCCCCUCCUCCGGCGCGGUAUCGGCAUCCAUCACGGCGGUCUACUUCCCAUCCUCAAAGAGAUGAUCGAAAUCCUUUUCCAAGCCGGUCUCAUCAAGGUCCUCUUCGCCACAGAGACCUUCUCCAUCGGUCUGAACAUGCCCGCGAAGACUGUCGUCUUCACCGACGUGCAGAAGUUUGACGGGCGGGAGUUCAGGAACCUGUCCUCGGGCGAGUACAUCCAGAUGUCUGGUCGCGCCGGUCGUCGAGGGUUGGACGACCGGGGUGUGGUGAUUAUGAUGGUGAACGAGAAGAUUGAGCCGUCGGAGGCGAGGCGAAUGAUCAAGGGAGAGGCAGACAGAUUGGACUCGGCGUUCCAUCUGGGCUACAACAUGAUCAUCAACUUGAUGAAGGUGGAAGGUAUAAGCCCCGAGUUCAUGCUCGAGCGGUGCUUCUUCCAGUUCCAGAGCAAGGCGAGUGUGCCGGUGCUGCAGAAGGACCUGGAGAAGGCCGAAGCAGAACGCGACAAGAUGAAGAUCCCCGACGAGCACCUCAUCGCCGAAUACUACGAUUGCCGACAACAACUCGACCAGCUAGGCGAGGACUUCCGACAAGUCAUCACUCAUCCAACGUACUCCCUUCCCUUCCUCCAACCCGGUCGCCUCAUCAAGGUCAAGUACAAGAAACUCGACUUUGGCUGGGGCGUCGUCAUCAACUACCAAAAGCGCUUACCACCAAAGAACCGCCCCGUCGACCUCGGCAACCUCCCUCCCCACUCCCAAUACAUCGUCGACGUCCUCCUUAACAUCGCCCGCGCCCCCUACCAACCUCUCCCCAAAGGCCAGACCUGGUCGCCCGAAAAGGCCGCUUUCGUCCAGCCUUGUCCACCAGGCGAGCGCGGCUUACCUGUCGUUGUACCCAUCCUGCUCGACGUCAUCGAGGGGAUCAGCCAUGUCCGCAUAUUCCUACCGAAGGACAUGCGGUCAGAGAACGCGCGCGAGACGGUGUGGAAGAGCGUGCUGGAGGUGCAGAGGCGGUUCCCGGAGGGGAUUGCGCUGCUAGAUCCUGUGCAGAAUAUGGGGAUCAAGGAUGACAAGUUCCAGGCCUUGUUGAAGAAAAUUGCCCUCCUCGAGAGCAAGCUCUUCAGCAGCCCGAUGCACAAGGACCCGCGCCUCCCCGAGCUCUUCACCGCCUACGCCCUCAAGCACCAGGCCAUGGAGCGCGUCCGCGAGCUCAAGCAGCGCAUCCAGCAGACGCACGAUAUUCUCCAGCUCGACGAACUCAAGUGCCGCAAGCGCGUGUUGCGGCGACUGGGCUUCACGACGGCGGACGACAUCGUGGACAUGAAGGGUCGCGUGGCAUGUGAGAUCAGCACGGGCGAUGAGUUGCUGUUGACGGAGCUGGUGUUCAAUGGCGUGUUCAACCCGCUGUCGCCGGAGCACUGCGCGGCGCUAUUGAGUUGCUUUGUUUUCGAUGAGAAAAGCGAGCAAGUCGUCAAGCUGAAGGAAGACCUUGCCGGUCCCUUGCGAACAUUGCAGGAGACUGCGCGUCGCAUUGCGAAGGUCUCCAAGGAGUGCAAGCUCCCAGUGGACGAGGAUGCCUACGUGCAAUCAUUCAAGGUCGAGCUCAUGGACUGCGUCUUGCAAUGGUGCAAAGGUGCAUCGUUCGCGGAAAUUUGUAAGUUGACCGACGUCUUCGAAGGCAGUCUCAUCCGUGUCUUCCGUCGUUUGGGCGAGCUCUUGCGGCAGAUGUCCACCGCCGCGAAGGUCAUCGGUAACACCGAGCUCCAAGAAAAGUUCGACAAGGCAACGGAGAUUCUGGAGCGCCCCAACUCGGUCAUCUUCUGCUCGUCCCUCUACUUGUAA